AGGGUUUAUUCUGGGCGGUCCCUCUCUCUCUCAGCAGCAGGGGAUUCUGUGUUAACUGAGGCUAAAUAAACACAGAUGAACUGUCGAGCACAUUCACAGAAAUGUCCUGGCAGUGUCCGCCUGACUGCACAAGAGUCUGGACAGCGCAGGAGCGGCGCGUCCCUCGCAAACGCACGCUGACAUGAGCUCUGAGCAGAAGAAGAAGGCAUGCUCAGAACAGAGCUGACGCUGGACCUUCAGCGAUGAAGAACCCUCAUCUGCACGAGAUCCUGUCCUCGGGAGACAAGAGACUCAGGCGCAGAGCGAGGGAGCCGGUGAUGCGCGGCAGCGACGAGCGCCUGCCUUACUUUACACUGUGCAAACACGCGCGCCUCGCGGCAGAGACAGAGACGCGCGGCUCGAGUGCCGCGGUGGACCUGAGGAUCAACACCGUGCCUGACUCCAGACUCAGAGAGAAGCCUGUCAGCCGCAGAAGCGCCCCGGCGCAGGAGCGAGCGUCGCCUCAGCGCGCCGCCUCUCAGGCGCCUGGCGAGAGCGCGGAAUCGGAAUGGCCUCGGGAACGCGCCGGGGAGCCUACUAUCAAAGCCAUCCAGCAGACGCGCCGACUGCUCGCGAACGCGCGCGAGAGGACGCGCGUGCACACCAUCAGCGCAGCCUUCGAGGCGCUGCGAAAACAGGUGCCCUGCUACUCGUACGGCCAGAAGCUCUCCAAGCUGGCUAUAUUAAGAAUCGCUUGCAACUACAUUCUGUCGCUGGCCCAGCUGGCAGACCUGGACUACUCUCCGGACCAGCACCAGCUGAGCUUCAGGGAGUGUGUGGAGCAGUGCACCCGGACGCUGCAGGCCGAGGGAUGCUCCAAGAAGAGGAAGGAAUAAAAUGAAGAAAGUGAAGGUGGAGAAAGAAGGACCUCAGUCCACCAACAUGAAGACACUCUCCCCGUGGGGGAAAAGCCUUGAUGAAAGUGUAAAGUGAUUUUACACUGCACUAUUGACUUUACCACAGCGAACCCAGUCGAAAACUAAACCACUCCAGGCUCUGAAUUAUAUGCUGUUCUGCAACUUUUUGCACAGCAGAAACACAGAUGAAGUGAAAUCAGUUCACUUUCCAUUGUUGCAGCAGACUGGUUAUUUAUUUUAGUUUGUUUUGCAGUGUUCUUAUACAGUUUAAAAAAUCAAACGCAACUACAAGUUCACGUACAAAUUCUGCCAAAAAUGUCCUGCCAUGUGCAAGAAAGUGCACUUUUUUUGUAAUCCAUAUAAAUGUUAUUCCUUAUUUCAUGAAAUACAUCAUAAAAGAUCAUAUAAAUGAAAAUGCAUGUAAUAAAUUCACCACUCAUCUCUCGUCUUCCAUUGGGUUUGUAUUAACAGUCGCUCUCGUUCUUACACAGGAGUCUGUGUGGCUCUGUCAGCCAGUAGCUGACUGUAUUUUAUAACUGUAUUUACUGUUAAAAUACUUUGUUGUAAUUAAACGUAGUCCAAGAAUGUA